CCCGCAAGGAUCCCGCAUCGAGCCGCGAGCGCCGAACGUAAAUAAAAAUUCGGGCGCAUCGUUAACAAGCAAGUGCAUUUAGUUCGUACGCAGUGGCAAGCAGCUACGAACAACCAUGGCUCUCAAAAACCAAGUCGGACUAAAGAUUAUGAAUGAGGUGAUUAAGCAGAAGGGCGUGAAAAAGAAUGGUCCAACGCCGGGGUCAGCCGCCGCACCGCACGUCGAAUGGCGUGUUCUGGUUGUGGACCAACUCGCCAUGCGAAUGGUUUCCGCCUGUUGCAAAAUGCAUGAUAUUUCUGCCGAGGGCAUUACUUUGGUUGAGGACAUAAACAAAAAACGAGAACCUUUGAGUACUAUGGAAGGUGUCUACUUGAUUACACCAAGCGAGAAAUCCGUGCGUGCUUUGAUGUACGACUUUGAAGGUGCUAGGCCUAUGUACAAAGCCGCUCACGUCUAUUUUACGGAAGUGUGUCCCGAGGAGCUCUUCAAUGAGCUGUGCAAGUCGUGCGCCGCUAGGAAAAUUAAGACACUCAAGGAAGUCAAUAUCGCCUUCCUUCCCUACGAGUCACAGGUAUUCUCAUUGGAUUCGCCCGACACGUUUCAAUGCAGUUACUCGCCGAUGUUUGCUGAUGCGCGUAAUGCAAACAUGGAACGCAUGGCUGAACAAAUCGCAACAUUAUGCGCAACGCUCGGCGAAUAUCCAUCUGUGAGAUACAGAGUUGAUUUUGAACGCAACGUCGAGUUGGCUCAGUUGAUUCAACAAAAACUGGACGCGUACAAAGCAGACGAGCCUACUAUGGGUGAAGGCCCGGAAAAGGCGCGCUCUCAGUUAAUCAUCUUGGAUCGUGGGUUUGAUUGCAUUUCUCCGCUUCUGCACGAGUUGACAUUCCAAGCAAUGGCCUAUGAUCUUUUACCCAUCGAAAACGAUGUCUACAAAUACGAUGGUCAACAAGGAAUGAAAGAAGUUCUCUUGGAUGAAAACGACGAAUUGUGGGUGGAUCUACGUCAUCAGCACAUUGCCGUAGUAUCGCAGAGCGUCACAAAGAAUUUGAAGAAAUUCACUGAUUCAAAACGCAUGCCUGCAGGCGACAAAUCCUCAAUGAAGGAUCUUUCACAAAUGAUCAAAAAGAUGCCGCAGUAUCAGAAGGAGCUAUCAAAGUACGCAACACAUCUGCAUCUCGCUGAAGAUUGCAUGAAGGCAUACCAAGCAUACGUUGACAAACUAUGCAAAGUCGAACAAGACCUUGCGAUGGGUACAGAUGCUGACGGCGAGAAGAUCAAAGAUCACACUAAAUUUAUUGUAAACGUGCUGCUUGAUCCAAAGAUUACCAACGAGUUUGACAAGAUGCGCAUUAUUGCGCUGUAUGCGUUGACUAAGAACGGCAUCACAGAGGAAAAUCUCUCCAAAUGGGUAUCGCAUGCACAGAUCAAAGAUAAACAAACCAUUGCUAACUUGCAGUAUUUGGGUGUUAAUGUUGUCACUGAUGGUGGUAGUCGCAAGAAGCCGUAUUCGGUUCCGCGUAAGGAGCGCAUCACUGAACAAACGUAUCAGAUGUCUCGUUGGACACCUGUCAUCAAGGACCUUAUGGAGGAUGCAAUCGAAGAUAAACUUGACCAGCGACACUUCCCGUUCCUAGCUGGACGAGCUCAGAGUUCUGGUUAUCAUGCGCCUACAAGCGCGCGUUACGGUCACUGGCACAAAGACAAAGGCCAACAGACUGUGAAAAACGUACCACGUCUGUUGGUAUUCAUCGUCGGCGGCAUGAGCUACUCCGAAAUGCGCGCCGCGUACGAAGUAACGAACGCUGUCAAAAACUGGGAGGUAAUCAUCGGCUCGUCGCACAUCCUCACGCCUGAGGGCUUCCUCAGCGAUUUGCGCUCGCUGAAGACCGACCCUUAGAAGAAGAAGGUGCAAUUCGACUUUUAAAAUACACCACCAGAAACGACAACAACAACCAAAUAAUAUACUACACUGUAAGCAAGCACAGGCAGCGCAUGCGAACUCUUUUCAUCGAUUCCAUUCCAGCAUUAUCCAACACUUAGCUACUAACCAUUGGUAAUAAGGUAACCAAACUGCUUACGGUACGCUCUUUCGAUCAUCUCUUUAUGUAUGUGUAUGUCUGGCACUUCUCACAAUCGACGCUUCUCUAUCCACAUCGACGCGUAAAAAGCAGAAAUCAAAUAAGAGUCUUACGUACCUGAGAUGCAAUGUUAAGACGCAGAGCGAUAAAUUGAUUUCCUUGCUUUAUAUUACUUCACUUUAAACAGUCUAAGUAAACACUUUGCUUUCGCUUUAAUAAUUAAAACUGCCGAAGAUCGGAGAAACGAAGGGAAGCGUAAGACAGAUGUCACAUUGCACCUUAAACCAUGAUACGUUCAAAAUUACCAGCGGAGACAAGUCGUAGAACAAACUAAAUACAAAAAUAAUCAGAUAGUUAAUCAGUGUAGCAGCGAAUGAGAGAAAAAAGGCAAAGAACUAAACACCUAUAAAGAUAAACCAGAAAACUACACACGUCGUAAAUGUAAAAUUUGUGAUUAAUACUAACAUUACUAACAAUUACUAUUAUUAACAAAUUGAGAAACUUUAUUAUAUAGCUCUUGAACGUACUAUUUGACAUAUAGCGAUAUCACGUAUUCACGUAGGGCGAGUAUCUAAACAUGUAGCAUUUUCUCAUCUUUACAUACCAAAAAGAUUUACGUGUGUGAAAUGUGAAUAUUAAACGCGGCAUAAGCAAUAUAAUAUAUCAAACUUUUGAAAGUGCUGCAAUCAGUGUGCUAACGCAUUCAAGUUUAACUUAGCGAAGAAAUACAACGUUUAGCAUGAUAGUUUAUUGAUCGAUUCAAGUACGUGGAGACAUUUGAGAUGGGGGGAUACAUAAAUGAAACUAAAUAUAGCAUUGUUAUAUAAAAUUAUAAAUACUUGUAAUAUUAUAAUAUUUUAGUGCAGCGAUGAAUUGUCGUAUCUAUUUUCGGAGUUUUUCAUUUAUUACUGUUAUUAUUGAUGUUGUUAAUUUAUUUAUUUCUUACAUUACAUUGUAGCGAUAUGCGAUGAUAGUAUUAUGUUAGUUGCGAUAAGGUUACACAGUGACUAUUACGAUUAAAUUUAUUGCAGGAUUAUUAUGAAAUAAUUACAAAUCUCUAGGAAUAAUGAUACAUAUAUAAUGCAUAGUUAUUGUAUAUUAGUAGUCUAUACAUGCGUAACAUAUUCAUGAGUGUCCACGGAUCGAUCAAACAUUUUAGAUGAAUGUUUGAUGGCUCUGGUGGCACGUGGUAAAUAGUUCUAUGCAUUGCAUUCAUUGAAGAUAAAAAUAUUACAUAAUUCUAAUAUGAGAAAGCUGUCAGUCAAUUUCGAGAUGUUGAUGAAUAAAAUAAAAUAUUAUCAAAA